AUGGGUGACAUCUCCGCCCUGCAGACAGUCGAGGAACAUGCCCAACACGAGCUUGGCUUGGAUGUUGAGCAGGUUCUUAAGCAAUUGACUACUGUCGAGAAGAUAGACCUGCUUGCCGGAAUCGAUUUCUGGCAUACGAAAGCCAUUCCUCGACUUGGUAUUCCUUCUAUUCGAAUGUCAGAUGGACCAAAUGGCGUGCGUGGCACUCGCUUCUUCAAUGGUGUACCUGCAGCCUGCUUUCCUUGUGGAACAGGCUUGGCAGCGACUUGGAACACAGAGCUCCUACACCAAGCUGGUUCUCUGAUGGGUUCCGAGGCCCGGGCCAAAGGUGUCCAUGUGCUAUUAGGUCCGACAGUCAAUAUGCAGCGUAGUCCUCUGGGCGGUAGAGCCUUUGAAUCCUUUUCUGAAGACCCUGUUCUUGCUGGAUACUGCGCGGCAUCGAUAGUAGCUGGUAUUCAAGAGACUGGUGUCGUCGCCUCGAUCAAGCACUUUGUCGCUAACGACCAGGAGCACGAGCGCAUGGCUGUCGACUCCCUUGUUACCGAAAGGGCUCUCCGCGAGAUCUAUACACUUCCUUUCCAAAUCGCGGUUAGAGAUGCCAACCCAGGAUCAUUCAUGACUUCAUACAACAAGGUCAACGGCACACAUGUCAGCGAUAACAAGGAUAUGAUUGAGAAGGUUGUUAGAGGUGAAUGGGGGUGGGAAGGGCUUGUCACUAGUGACUGGUACGGAACCUACUCGACCGUCGAAUCCGUCGAAGCGGGUCUUGACAUCGAAAUGCCAGGACCGACACGAUGGCGCGGACAAAUGCUGUUGCACGCUCUCAUGUCUAGGAAGAUUGAUCUGGAAACUGUCAAUGAGCGCGUGCGGCAGGUCUUGAAGCUGGUCGAUCGAGCUAUCCGAACCGGAGUCCCUUCAAACGCCCCCGAAGUAUCCCAGAACACUCCGGAGACAGCAGCUCUGCUGAGGAGGAUCGCAGGGGAAUCCAUUGUGCUUCUAAAGAACGAUCACAACGCCCUGCCGUUUAACAGGGGAGAAACUGUUGCUGUCAUUGGGGCCAAUGCCAAGACUGCUGUCUUUUGUGGUGGUGGCUCUGCCACUUUGCGGCCGUAUUACGCAGUUUCACCUUUCCAGGGUAUCACAAACAAGGCUGAUGAUGUCCGCUACUCUGUUGGGUGCUACGCUCACAAAAUGCUUCCAGUUCUUGGUCCAAGAUUGAAGACUGUUGACGGUCAACCCGGUGUCGCAUUCCGAGCCUUCACGUCCCCGGAGAGCGACCAUGGUCGGCAGCCUGUCGAUGAACUAUUACUCGACAGUACAGACAUGUACUUUGCCGACUACUACCACCCGAAAAUCACCGAAGAUCUCUGGUACGGUGAGAUCGAAGCAACCUUCGAGGCCGACGAGACUUGCGAUUUCGAAUUCGGGCUGUGCGUGUUUGGCACCGCCAGACUCUACGUUGAUGGUGAGCUCCUGAUCGACAACGAGACGGCGCAGCGCUCAGGCGGAAGCUUCUUCAACGUCGGCACGGUCGAGGAGACCGGCAUCAAGAAGGUGACGGCAGGGCAGACGUACAAGAUCAACGUCGUCUUUGCUAGCGGCGCCGCUUCCAAACUUGGUGACAACGAAGGCGUUGUCUCUUACGGAAGCGGCGGCUUGCGUAUAGGCGGAGCCAAGGUCAUCGUUCCAGACGAGGAGAUUGCCAACGCGGUCCAGCUCGCCAGUUCCGUUGACCAAGUCGUCCUCUGCGUCGGUCUCAAUUCCGACUUUGAACAAGAGGGCCACGACCGCUCGCACAUAGACCUCCCUGGCCGAACCGACGAGCUGGUCGCAGCGGUGGCAAAGGUCAACCCUCGCACCGUCGUGGUAGUUCAGUCUGGCUCUCCUGUGAGUAUGCCAUGGGCGAACGAUGUCGCUGCCGUGAUCCAGGCGUGGUACGGCGGCAACGAAACAGGCAAUGCCAUUGCCGACGUUCUCUUUGGCGAUGUCAACCCUUCUGGGAAGCUGCCGCUGUCUUUCCCGACUAGGAUUGAGGACAACCCUGCAUUCCUCAAUUAUCGGUCUGAACACGGUCGGGUUCUAUACGGUGAGGAUGUAUACGUCGGCUACCGUUAUUACGAAACUGUCAAGAAGCCUACUCUUUGGUCCUUUGGGUCGGGGGUUUCAUAUACCACAUUUUCUCUAUCCAAUCUUCAAAUACAACAGAGACCUGGCAAGCAUGGUCAGUUGCUUCUGAUUGACGUUACUGUCGAGAAUGUCGGACAAGUUGAUGGUGCAGAGGUAGUCCAGGUGUAUGUCUCUCAAAGGACUCCAUCCAUCAACCGCCCUGUCAAGGAGCUGAAAGGUUUCUCAAAGGUGUCGGUAGAGGCAGGUAAAUCAUCAGUUGCUCGUAUUGUCAUCGAUAGGAAAUAUGCCACGAGCUACUGGGAUGAGACACGGCAUAAGUGGACGGAGGAGGGUGGGAUUUAUGACCUAUUGGUCGGUACUUCGAGCCGUGAUACUCCCUUGACAGGCAUGUUCGAGGUUGCUGAUACUACGUGGUGGUCUGGCCUGUAG